AAUGGCUAAGUAGGAAUUAUGAGUUUGCAGUGUGUUUUCUUGUCUGCGGGUCCCACAGAAAGGGGCUGACAGUGUGGAUUGCUGUAAGGGUGAGGUGCUGAUUCAGGCUUCUGCAUAGCAACAGAUAAGCUCUGGGCUGACUUAUCUUCUCAGGGAGAUUUUACAUUUGCUUUUCUUUGUCUCCUCUCCCUCUUCCCUCAGCUUGUUUCUGCCCCAGCCCAUUUCUUCCCAUAACUCAUGUUCCCAUCCCUGACACUGCCCUCCUCACUUGCAUUACUCACUUGGCUUCCUUUCCACUUUCCCUCUUCGCUGCCUCCCUCCUUCACCCUCAGAUCGCCGGGCUCCUGCCUCCACGUCUCCAUCCUCCCCCAGCUCAUCUUGCCGGCUCCAGGCUUCUGCUCUGCUCCCCCUUGACGGGCACCUCCUUAAUGUUAGAAGCCGACUCUCAAAUGAUUAUCUGGGUUGCUGAUUAGCAGUUUGUGAGGGCAGAGCUGGCUUGGGCUUUUCGUUAAGGCUCUGAGCAAAUACCACAGCAUUGCACAGUUCCUGGUGCGGUCUGGAAGCUGUCUUGCUGCUUUCCUGCUCGUACCCGCCUGCACCAGCAGAACCCCAUGCAGAACCAGCUCAGGUGCCUGAACACGGAUUGUGGCUCCAGAGGGGCUGACGCUGAGCUGAAACUAGGUCUCUGGACUGCAGCGAUGAGGAAGCCUCGGAGGAGGUCCCGGCAGAACUUGGAGGGGAGGCGUUCUCCCUCGCCCUACAGCCUCAAGUGCUCACCAACUCGGGAGACACUGACAUACGCUCAGGCCCAGCGGAUCGUGGAGGUAGAUAUUGAUGGGCGGCUUCAUCGCAUCAGCAUCUACGAUCCCCUAAAAAUCAUCACAGAGGAUGAGCUGACUGCCCAGGACAUCACAGAGUGCAACAGCAACAAGGAAAACAGCGAGCAGCCCCUUUUCCCAUCCAAAUCUAAGAAAACACCUUCCAAAGGCAAGAAGAAAGAGUCCUGCUCCAAAUAUGCACCAGGGACAUCUUUACACUUACCCCAGCCCAACUUCCGCGUGGUGGACUCCUUCAGCCAGCCAGAUGCCCCUCCUCUCCCUGCCGCCUACUACCGGUACAUUGAAAAGCCCCCUGAGGACCUCGAUGUAGAGGUGGAGUAUGACAUGGAUGAGGAGGAUCUGGCAUGGCUGGAAAUGGUCAAUGAGAAGAGAAGGGAUGAUGGUUAUGGGACAGUUUCUGCUGACACUUUUGAGCUGCUGGUGGAUCGGUUGGAAAAGGAGUCGUACCUCGAGAGCCGGAACAACGGGGGUCAGCAGUCCCUCAUCGAUGAGGAUGCCUUCUGCUGUGUCUGCAUGGAUGAUGAGUGUCACAACAGCAAUGUCAUCCUGUUCUGUGAUAUCUGCAAUCUGGCCGUGCACCAGGAGUGUUAUGGCGUGCCCUAUAUCCCUGAGGGGCAGUGGCUUUGCCGCUGCUGCUUACAGUCCCCUUCUCGCCCUGUGGAUUGUGUCCUUUGCCCAAACAAAGGUGGAGCCUUCAAGCAGACCAGCGAUGGCCGCUGGGCUCACGUGGUUUGUGCCAUCUGGAUCCCAGAGGUCUGCUUUGCAAACACUGUGUUCCUGGAGCCCAUCGAGGGGAUAAAUAACAUCCCCCCGGCUCGGUGGAAGCUCACAUGCUAUAUCUGCAAGCAGAAGGGCAUGGGAGCUGCUAUCCAAUGCCACAAGGUGAACUGUUACACUGCCUUCCACGUCACCUGUGCCCAGCGGGCUGGUCUCUUCAUGAAGAUCGAACCCAUGAGGGAGACCAGCAUCAACGGCACAACAUUCACCGUGCGCAAGACUGCCUAUUGCGAGAGUCAUUCCCCACCUGGGACAGUGAAAAAAGGGUCUCCAGCUGCUAGCGUUGAGAGGCAGGAGGACACCGUGAAGGAGGAGGGAGAGGAGGAAGCCAAUUCUGGCCCUCCCAAAGGGUCUCUGAAAAAGAACCAAGUGAAAUUGAAGCAGAAGAUCAAAAAGGAGCCUGGUGAUGUGACCGAUGGGCAUUUGUCUGUGCCCAUGGUGACAGUCACACAAAUCCCCUCUUACAGGCUGAACAAAAUCUGCAGUGGCCUCUCCUUCCAGAGGAAGAACCAGUUCAUGCAGAGGCUCCACAACUACUGGCUGCUGAAGCGGCAAGCGAGGAACGGGGUGCCCCUGAUCCGGCGCCUGCACUCGCACCUCCAGUCCCAGAGGAACGCAGAGCAGAAGGAGCAGGAUGAGAAGACCAGUGCAGUGAAGGAAGAGCUGAAGUACUGGCAAAAACUGCGGCAUGACUUGGAGAGGGCACGGCUGCUCAUCGAGCUGAUCCGUAAGAGGGAAAAACUCAAACGGGAGCAGGUCAAGGUUCAGCAGGCUGCUAUGGAGCUACAGCUGACCCCUUUCAAUGUACUUCUGCGCACAACACUGGACCUGUUGCAGGAGAAGGAUGCUGCCCAAAUCUUCGCAGAGCCUGUUAACCUGAACGAGGUUCCAGAUUACCUGGAAUUCAUUUCCAACCCAAUGGAUUUUUCCACCAUGAGGCGGAAGCUGGAGUCCCACCUGUACCGAACAUUGGAUGAGUUUGAGGAAGACUUUAACCUUAUAGUUACCAACUGCAUGAGGUAUAAUGCUAAAGACACGAUUUUCCACCGAGCAGCUGUCCGGCUCAGAGACCUCGGAGGAGCGAUAUUGCGUCAUGCACGGCGGCAGGCUGAAAACAUCGGCUUUGACACUGAUGUGGGGAUUCACCUGCCUGAGUCACCCAAAACCGAGGACUUUUACCGCUUUUCUUGGGAGGAUGUGGAUAACAUCCUCCUCCCGGAGAACCGGGCUCACCUCUCCUUGGAGGCCCAGCUGAAGGAGCUGCUGGAGAAGCUAGACAUGGUGAGCACCAUGCGGUCCAGCGGCGCCCGGACACGACGCAUCCGGCUCCUGAGACGGGAGAUCAACUCCAUUCGGCAGAAGCUGGCCCAGCAGCAGAACAAGACCAUACCCAAUGGGGAGCCUGUGCCGCGGGAAGAGGGGACAGAUAAAACAUCAAGGGAAGGGGACGAGGAAGGGGAGAAAGCAGAUGAUGCCAAGCCCCCGCACCCUCCAACUCUGGAGCCCACAGGACCCGCACCCUCCCUCUCGGAGCUGGAGUCUCUGCAGGACCCUCCAACGCUCAAACCCAUCAGUGAAAGCAAGUCCUUGAAUCAGCUGCAGAAGAGAGUGAUGUCGGACAGGGAACUCUUCGACAAGAAGGCACUGCAGCGGGAGAGCCAAGCCUUCCAGCGCCUGCUCAGUGACAACGGCCUGAACGGACUGGCCUUGCCACCUGCAGACACCCCUGCCAGCCCCCCCUUCAGCGGCGUGGGCCGACGGACAUCUGUCCUUUUUAAAAAAGCUAAGAAUGGGGUGAAGCUGCAAAGAGGCCUGGACUGCUCCCUGGAGAACGGGGAGGACCACAGGCAGAGUGGGCAGCUUUCACCUUCCCGCCCUGAUGGGGAGCGACAAGCUCGGAAGCGGCCACAGAGCAGGACCUGCAGUGAGACUGAUGGAGAAAAGUCGCCCAGGCAGGCAGGACAGAGAGGAGUGACUAACGGCUUUGCGAAGCACGCAGAAAGCGGCUCUGACUCUGAGUGCAGCUCCGGCCUGGGUGGUGGACUGGUGUUUGAAGCCUGCAGUGGUUUGAUGCCUCCCAAGCGAAGUCGAGGGAAGCCAGCUCUUUCUCGGGUGCCCUUUUUGGAAGGUGUGAAUGGAGACUCUGAUUACAGCAGCUCAGGCAGGACUCUCCUGAUGUCCUUUGAGAGUCAGGCUGAGCUGGAGCCCUUGGAGCUUGUGUGGGCCAAAUGCCGUGGCUAUCCCUCCUACCCUGCCUUGAGCAUUGCAGAGGAUUCAUAAAACAUUGGUCUCUCGGUGCCAGGGAUAGGAGGAGAUCUUUCCUCUCCUCUCCUGUUCACUCUGCAGGUAUGGGGAAAGUAAUCAGUACUGUUGGCAUGAGAAGACCUAAAUUUUGUAAGGGCAGGCACCAGGUUCCACUGGUGUCUAACUGCCCCCGCAUUUUCCUAUAUAGUGAGUACAUCUCCACAUACAGGUGCCCAACUGGCCUUGUGAUGUAUAUAUCCUCUUGCAAUAACCAUAUGUUUGAUUUAAAUAUGAGAAUAUAUGCAUGUGUUUGCACCUAGUCCUUUGAAUGAUAUUUCCUUAAUAUUUAUCCGUCUUUGGAUAUUUGACUAUUAACAUGAAAGCCAUAAACCUGGCUUCAGUGAGCAUCGUGCUUGGUUCCAAAGCAAGACAUGACAUGCAGCUGUUGCUAGGAAGUGCCAGUACCACUGCAGGCUUUUAAGUGCUUGUUAAGUUAUCAACAGAGAUUGCUGAAGUAAGUAUAUAAGUAAGAACAUAAGAUAAGCUGACUAUGGUUUGUUGUUUCUGCUAGUUUUAAAUAUAUCCCUUGAGAUGUGGCUCUUCCUGCCAUCUCUGCUCCACGUAAUUUCUGCAUGGCUGCAGCCAUCCCCUUAAGUACCUUUAUGGUUGGGAUCGUUAAGACAGACAGCGCUUGUGACUGCUGAGGAAUUGUAGCAAGUGUAGUCAUCAUGGAAAUUAUACAGGUCUCUACAUCCAAGCAGCAGAGCUGUGAAACCGGGCGUAAGCUGACACAGCAUGUAUGCCUGGCCAUGGCUGAGCACAAUUCUGAUGCUGUCAAAAAGGGCAGAUUCUGCUAAAAGAGUGACCCUCAUCCAUGCUCUUACUCUAAGUGGGAGGCCAGAGGAGGGAACAGCUAUGGAUCUGCUAGCUGUGUUGGCCAGCCAAAGUACUUUUAGAUCGUCAUGUGGCUACAGCCAAAGUUAAACUAUGCUUAGCAUGGCUUUAAACACUGAGAUUGCCCCCCAAAAAGGUAUUUUUUUUUUAUAGCAAUCUGUUGCUGUGGUAAAGUGUCUUAAUAAAUUCCUACAGCUUGCCAAUGUCAAAGCCAAGCUGCUUUUUCAAGCCCUUAGGAGCCAAGAUCAGGAGGCAAAGAAGAGAAGACUGAGUAUUGCAUCCACCCUUUGCUGUUUCGUUCUCCUCCUGUGGUCACAUAGCACAAAUGUUGGACGUUGACAUUUCUGCUUUAUAUGGGAGAAUCGAUCCAUCUGUUGUUACUUCUCUCCAAAAUGACUAUAGUCUGCGUUCCCCUAGCCUGAUAAAGCUGGCACUGCAUGUCGACUCUCUCAAAAUAUUGGGCCUGAUUCUGAUCGAAUAGCAGUAUAAAUCUGAGCAAUGCUGCUGAAGUCAACUGAAUUGCACCAGAAUGGAGCUGUUGUAAAAUUGCAUUAUGCCUGCUGAGUACAGCAAUGGUGUUACACUUACUGUAUGAGGUUGGAGUGAGGGAGGGAAAUCCUUUGCUGAACACAACAAUACUGAGUUUGUACUAAAUUACCAGUUAGUCUAAAUGCAUCUACAUCCACACAGAACCACAUACUUAGAUCCUUUCCCUUUUUUAAGAUCAGGUGCUUGGCUUUUGGACUGACUGGUGUCCCUUCCACAGGGGAAGCCUUGAGGGCAGGAGAAUUCUUUAAAAGGAGCUGCUGAGACAGAACAAGCAAUUUUGCUUAUCUAUCCUAAGUAGAUUUUAAUUGCCUAGCUUGGAUAGACUGAAAGAACAGAAAAAAAAAAAAAGGCAUUCUCUGCAGUAUUUGAAAGGUUUUGUGCUUAAAUAUCCU